CGCCUUACUGGGGCCUUUGCAGGAGGAAGAGCGAGCGUGCGCGCAUGCUCAGUCUUUCUGUGCUUCGGGUCCAUGAGAAGAACUCAAGAUGUUGAUGCCCAAGAAAAAUCGUAUUGCUAUCUAUGAACUCCUCUUCAAAGAGGGUGUAAUGGUAGCAAAAAAAGAUGUGCACAUGCCAAAGCAUCCUGAGUUAGCGGACAAAAAUGUCCCUAAUCUGCACGUAAUGAAGGCCAUGCAGUCUUUGAAAUCUCGUGGUUAUGUAAAGGAGCAGUUUGCAUGGCGACACUUCUACUGGUACUUGACGAAUGAGGGCAUCCAGUACCUACGUGAUUACCUUCACCUUCCCCCAGAAAUUGUUCCUGCUACAUUACGGCGCCAGACCCGUCCUGAGACUGCAAGGCCGAGGCCGAAAGGUCCAACUGAGGAUCGCCCUCGCCUUCGUGAAUCUGACAGAGACAAUUACAGACGGGCUGCUCCACUUGGAUCAGACAAGAAGGCAGAAGCUGGUGCUGGUGCAGCCACAGAAUUCCAAUUUAGAGGUGGAUUUGGCCGUGGACGUGGACAGCCUCAGUAAAUGUACACAACCUGUUCUGUAAAAUAAAAGUCAACUGAAGUGUA